CCCCGGAGAGCGCCCCGCCGGCCCGGCACCCGCCCGACGGGGCUGAGCCCGAGGGCGCGGGGGUCGGGGACCCCGGAGAGAGCCGCGGCCGCCGCCGCCGCGCCUCCCAGUGCUAAGCACGUGUAGGUAGGUAGGGACCCCCGCCCGGCGCGCCCCGCCGGUCCCCUCCCGCGAACGGCUCGGGGCGAACACGUGCGGCCCCGCGAGUGCCCCGCUGCCGAGUACGCGGCGUCCGGGCGGGCAGUAGCCAUGCGACGUACACGUACCCGACGCCCUCCGUGUUUUCCGGACCCCGCCGCCCCGCCAGUGCUCCCGCAUAUACCUCGGCGCUGGCGCGUCCCCUCCCGCCCGCACGGGCUCCCCGCGUCCGCCGCGCUCUGCUGCAGCCCGGGGACCGCGCGUUACUCCGCCGCGGCCGGAUCGGGCCCCGGAGCCCCGCCAGCGCCGGGCCCAGCGGCCGAACGGAGCCGCCACGCCACCGUGCCGGCGGGUAACGCACCGAGCGAGUGGGCCGCUGUCCGCCGAGCCGCUCCACGCCGAGAGUUCCCCCGGGCCCGGAGCUGCGCCUCGGCCCCACCGAACGCACCGGACUCGGAUCGGCGCCGAGGCGAGGCGGCGGGGAGCCGGGCGCACGGCGGGCAGUGAACCUCUGUAUCCUUCCAAGUUCCUGAGCUUUACUCAAGACCAGAGGUGCAGAGUCAAAGGAAAAAUGGGACAUUUGCAUAAACAGAUUGAAGACAGGCAAAUACAUCAUUAAAGGGCGCAACAUGUGAGUAGAGAUAAAGAGAUAAGUGAUAGUUCUGGCCAUCAGCUAAGAGCCACAUCAACUGGAUUUUCUUCUACUUGAGGAUAUCUAUGCUUGGUCAAAAGAGAUGUGCUAAAUCUUGUCGUCUGUGGGACUUUAGUCUCAUUCCUAUGCGAGAUUGACAUAAGCAAGGUCUAGGUGAACAUGAUCUAGACGGACGUGGGGCUACAUGUGCUGGAGAGCACUCAGAAGAGCAAUUAUUUGUGCUCUGACACUGGUAGAGACCUAGCAGUGGGCCUAGUGCUAGCCAAGCCUUUCAUCAUUGAUUGUCAUUAAGCAGCACCAAUCUGGUAGGGCCUGCAAGAGUGCAGUUCAGCUUUUCUUGACAAAUUGAAAAAAAAAAAACAAACUAUUGAUACAAACAAAAUAAGGCUUUUCUAUGAGUUGGAAAAAAAUCAACUGCACACCCACUGGCUGGGAAUUGAGCUUGUUCUGUGGGAAAGUAGCUGGAGGUGACAGUGGGACCCAAGGGGAGCACGAGCCAGCAGCAUCCUGCUGAGUGAGAAGAGCAGACUCAGACUGGGACACAUAAAUAAGGUGUCUGUGGGACACCUGAUGUGAUCCUGCUGCACUCAGAGUGUCAGCCUAAGUGCCGGUUCCCACUUCGGGCUGAGUGUUUCAAGUCGUGGUUCUGGGAGAAAGCCCAGGGAAGAACACGGGUGAUCAGAAAUGCAGAAAACAUGACAUACUGGAGGAGGCUGAAGGACCAGGAUAGCUUAGUAUCAAGAAGAGACGACUGUAGGGAAAUAAGAUAAAAGUCUUCAAAUGCAUAAGGCACAGCUACAAAGCGAGAGAUAAUAGGCUAUUCCUUGUUUUCAGGGUGGAAAGAACAAGGAGCCAUGGGCUCACCCUGCAAUGACAGCAGCAAAGGAGAAUUAAAACUCGUUUUUCUUGGGAGCCGUCUUCAGCACUAGCGGCUUCUUGUCGUUUAGACAAAACUCCACCAGGAAGGGUUUGCCUCCUUUGGCGGCAGGCAGACAGGCUGGGUGAACUUUCAAGGGCCUCCUAGGCUUAUAUUUUAUGAUUCUGUGAAUACGGAUACUAGAAAGAGAUCAUUUUGCCUCUAGCCAGUCUAUUCAGGACGGGUCCUUGCCAGGUGUGUUUGUCUUCAGCGGUGGAUGUCGUCCAGGUUUUCCAUAAUCUCCACCAGCAUUUUUGUUAUUUACUCCAAAGCACUUUUUUUUUUUUUUUUCUCUCUCUCCAUUUUCUUUUGCAAAUCCAAAUCCAAUCUUUCGCCCAUUUCUGUACACCCCCUGCAAGGCCGUAUGCGCUGUGCACUCCUCAGUGAGCCACACACAGAGACCUUCUCUUCCCAUCCAGCUGAUGGUGCACCUCCGUGUGGGAUCCAGGAGCACCCCAUCUUGCUGAUGAAUCUGCUGACAGACCCGUGGUGUUGUGAGCUCACGUCCAGCUUGUGGUUUCCCUCCCUCCGCGUGGCCGUGGGUUGGGUGUUUUGGUGUUUGUCAAACAGGACGAGCAGCGGUUGCCCACCCCCCCUCCUCCCCCCCAUCUGCAGGCUCACAGAUGUCGAUGUUUUGUGUUUACGCUGAGUUCAUGCAAUGUGAAUUUUUGUGUGCCUACAAGAAACAUGAUAUAUUUUUA